CACUUCCGCCACCUCUGUCCCGCCGCGCCUGCGCAGAGGCCGCCCCUUGCCCCCUCGGGCAGCCCAGCCAGCCACCCGCUGGCUCCUCCUCCUGCCUGCGGCGGAAUGCGAGUCAAGAGAGGCCCCGCGCUUAGAGUCGUAAACCGGCCGGUAUAGACAUGUGUCCGGUGAAUAAGAAUAUACAUAUACAUAUAUUUGGUGUUUGCAGAUGAUUCAGGAGGCGUGUUUGAUGGUGACAGGCGUUCUAAGCGCUAUUAUUGCUCCCUCUCUGCAAGGAUGCAGGCCCGGGGCAGGCAGCUCCUGCGGGGAUUCUCCAUCUACUGGAAGCCACUCUUCAGAGGCCGCCUUCUGCUAGUGACGAACACCCUCAGCUGCGGGGGGCUCCUGGCGGCAGGGGACACGCUCCGGCAAGCCUGGGAGAUGAGGCAGGACCCCACACGGAAGCGCAACUUGGCCCGCACAGCUCGGAUGUUUGCCAUCGGCUGCAGCAUGGGCCCACUGAUGCACUACUGGUACUUGUGGCUGGAUCGUGCCUUCCCCGCUGCAGGCUUCAGCGGGAUCAGAAACGUCCUGAAAAAGGUUUUCAUUGACCAGAUCGUGGCCUCCCCGGCCCUGGGGGUUUGGUAUUUCUUGGGCAUGGGAUCCCUCGAGGGCCAGACCCUGGAGGCCAGCUGGCACGAGCUGGAGGACAACUUCUGGGAGUUCUACAAGAUGGAUUGGUGCGUGUGGCCACCUGCGCAGCUGGUCAACUUCCUGUUCCUGCCGCCCAAGUACCGCGUGGUCUACAUGAACGUCAUCACUCUCGGCUGGGACACUUACCUGUCGUACCUGAAGCACCGCCCUAAGCAGCCGUCCGUCACUCUGGAAGAGGAUGCCAAAGCCUGCGCUGUCGAAAUCCAAACCGCUGGGUGAAGAGGACCAUUGGAAAAUGCACUGAAGGAUCAAAGACGGAACCUUUUUUGGUCUUUUUAGCUGGAGCAGGUCUCUGCUUUUCUCUGGGGGAAAGGAGCUGGGACCUUUUCCUGCAGGAGACAUUCGGAUCAUGCAAGGAACCGUUGCCAUGGAGAGAGCACCCCACCGCUGAGGAAGCCAAGAGGUGGGAGGAGAAGGCCCUUGCUCCAAGAAUGAUCGCUCUGGAGCAACGCGGAGGACUGGGAAAGGGUUCUCUGUAGGAUCCGAUUUGGCACUGGAACUGGCCUUGUCUCUUCACAACUUCUAGUUGUUCUUUUUAAAAGUGCCAAAUCUUUGAUUUUUCCUAAUUAAAGAAAAACGUGAUUUCCUA